AUGAAAAAGUCUGCUAUUGCCUUUAGUGUGCCCCUACCCUUUCUAGUGUUUAUGGUCCAGGAUCUUAAUAGCUCGAUCAUAAAGGACAAUGUGGGUUUUUAUGUUGGGCUUAUUCGUGCAGCAACGUGCAUUGGUAUCUGCAUUUCCAGUAUGCCAUGGGGUAUGCUCUCUGAUCGCAUUGGCAGACGACCCGUAAUACUUUUGAGCAUUGGAGGAUCAGCUAUGAGUAUUUUUAUGCUUGGCAUGUCAAAAUCCAUAACGUGGAUCAUUUCAUCUUCUUUCCUUUUGGGGCUAUUGGAUGGCAGUUUGCCUGCUCUAAGAUGCUUCGUAUCAGAAAUCACAAUCCAUCACACCAAUACGCAACGCUCGCUUGCCAUGUCUACUCUUGAAUUGGGAGUUGGUCUAGGGUGUGCUGUAGGACCUUUGAUAGGAUCACUCUUGAUGGAUCCAGCGACGCAAUACCCAAAGAUGUUGUCCACCACUAGUUGGCUCAAAGACUUUCUUGUAAAGUACCCUUAUAUACUGCCAUGCUUUACAUCCACCUGUAUCUCCACGGUGGUAGCUGCAUGUACAUUUGCCAUUCUCGAAGAGACUGCGCCGCCAUGUACAAUGAACCCAAAAACGUAUUCCUCGCUGGAGUCCCAUACUAUGUUAAACAAAAGAGCAAGCUACAAGACGUUUGAAAAUCGGAUAUCAUCGCCGCCAUUGAAAGAUCAGAAAUCGAAGAGAAAGGCAUUGGGGAUAUUCAGAUCAUUAAGGGAAUCGCUUACACGCUCGAUUUUCCUUGGUAUCAACAUGAAAUGCCUCAAUGGAUUUUACAGCUUGUACUAUCAAACACUAUUUGCUAUAUGGACAGCUUGGAACGUGCAUCAAGGUGGGCUAGGAUUUUCACCAUCUGACAUUGGAUCAACCUUUUUCUACGCCGGCGUGUGGCAAGUGGUCGCCCAAUUCACUAUUCUACCCAUGCUCACCAAGCGAUUCAGCAACUUGCAUCUGCUACGCAUGUUGCUUAUUGGGAUUGCAAUCAGCUUCAGCAUAUCGGGAAUGAUUCAUUGUAUUUACGAUAUGGGAUCCAUUGAUGCUGGUAACAGCAGCAAGGAUAACAAAAGGCUAUGGGUGUGGAUCUCAGCUCUUGUCUUGAUAUCUCUCAUCACAUCACUUGAUAAUAUGACCAGCGCUGUUAGCAUGGUGUUGGUUAACAAUGCAGCAUCUUCACGGCCAUCCACAUUAGGUACCAUCAAUGGAUGUACCAGUUUUGGUCUUGGAAUGGCUUUGGCUGCAGGACCAGCGACAGCAGGCGUAAUAUGGUCAAUAGCGCAAAAUAUUGAUUGGAUUGCAGCACCAUUAAGAGGUAUCCUUCCAUGGCAGUUUAUAGCUUUGUUUGUUGUAAUCCCCCUCUCUAUAAGCUUUCUCAUGAACGCGCGUGAUUAUGAAGUCCCUAGAUCUAUUGAUACGGCUGAAGAAUCAACUUCAAUAGAGCCUUUCAUAGAGUGCUGCUAA